UUUCAUUAUUUGGUAUUUUUUUCACUUUCUGUUGAUUCUAUAUCUGUCCUUGGACUUCCGAAGCUUAAACGCUAAAGUAUAAGCACGAGAAGACGUGAUGAGAUGUGAUGUAAGAGGAAAUAGUUUAUUGGUUAUCUAUUUUGAUUUGUAUUGCUUCAACCAAUGAGAUUCGGUGUAUCAGAAUACAUAGGAAUUAAAAAUGAUGAAAGUACAAAAAAUAAGUAAGUCGUACUCGAUUCAUUCUAGAGAAGAAAAAAAAAACGUAAGUUACAAUCGAUAAUGAAUGUGCACGUUGGCGCAUGGAUUAGAUAAGUUAAUGCGCCAAUUUUCACCUGAAUGGGACUAUGGCGCAGGGCGCAUGGCCUUCCCAAUCACUGCUUAUUGAUUGAGAUGAGCCUUGAAGCAUUCAAGGCUUGGAGCCAUCACAGUAGAGGUAGGUACGUGGGUAGAAUGAUUCCUUCCUCACUGAUGUUUCGACAUAAUGGAAUUUGCACUGCCAUAAUGUUGUUAUUCCUGGAUGUUCUUUCUUGGAUUUUUAGAUGUAUAUAUUUCUGCAAAUUAAACAAAAGUGCAUACGUCAGAAGUUCGUAAUUCUCCUUUUUUCGAUGACAUGCACAUGUAGUCUGCACUUGUGAAAAAUGUGAAAGAAUUUGUUGUUUUACUUCUAGCAGUGAACAAACAACAGGAGUCGCAAAAUUCAAAUAUUGUGGGUAAUUCCUCUGUCGCAACUUGUUGAGAGAGUUCCUAAGGUUAUACUGAUAGGAAUCAAGAUGUUUGGUAGACAUUUGGUCAUCACAGGACCACAGCAGUUGAGGAACAUUGCACUUAGGAACCUUCAUCUGACAGGAGCAACUUAUCAAGCACAACAAAAAGCCACUGACCCCAUCCAGCAGCUCUUUGUGACCAAAAUCAGGGAAUAUGCUCAGAAGAAGAAACAGCUGAAGGCAGGAGAGGUGUUAGUAGAUGCCUCACCUGAGGUGGUACAGAACUACAGUGACAGUUUAAACAGAAUUUAUAAAAUGUACAGCGUAACAGAGGCCACUGCAAGGAUUGUACCUGAUAUCCAAUUUGAAGAUAAGACAGUUCAAGUGAUAGAACUUGAUAAUGUAGACAUGGAUAAUUUCACUCCAGAAUUUCCGGAGGAUAAGAUAGAUCUUUCUGCAGAUAACCCCAAGAACCUUGAUCUAAACCAGCGAUUGUUUGGAUACGAUCCAGAGAGAAAUCUUCAUAUGGACGUACCAUCAAAGAUUCAGGCUUGAAGUUAAAAGUAGUUGUGAAACUUUUUAAUAAUACUUUACACUGGUGUAGUGCGACUUUGAAUGUGCUGAGGUUUACCAUCAAUCAGCUGGUGUACAGUUUUAAAAAAAUUGCUGGCAUUAAUCAUGUUGGCCAUGAAUAUAUAUUGAAUAAAACAUUUCAACAGUU